AUGGCGUCCUCGUCGUCAACAGGCGAUGCCUCGGGCUCGCCGCCCCCGGUGGCCAUUGUCUGCGUCGGCAUGGCAGGCUCCGGCAAGACGACAUUCAUGCAGCGCAUCAACGCGCACCUCCACGAGAAGCAGACGCCCCCGUACGUCAUCAACCUCGACCCGGCGGUGCUGUCCGUGCCCUUCGAGUCCAACAUCGACAUCCGCGACUCGGUCAACUACGAGGAGGUCAUGAAGCAGUACAACCUGGGGCCCAACGGCGGCAUCCUGACGUCGCUCAACCUCUUCGCCACAAAAGUCGACCAGAUCGUGAACCUGCUCGAGAAGCGCGCCCAGCCCGACCCGCAGAAGCCCGACCGCAAGCCCAUCGAGAAGAUCCUCGUCGACACGCCCGGCCAGAUCGAGGCCUUUGUCUGGUCCGCCUCGGGCACCAUCCUGCUCGAGUCCCUGGCCUCGAGCUUCCCCACCGUCAUCGCCUACGUCAUCGACACGCCGCGCACCGCCUCCACGUCGACCUUUAUGUCAAACAUGCUCUACGCGUGCUCCAUCCUCUACAAGACGAAGCUGCCCAUGAUCCUCGUCUUUAACAAGACCGACGUCAAAGAUGCUUCGUUCGCCAAGGAGUGGAUGACGGACUUCGAGGCCUUCCAGGCCGCCCUGCAGCGCGAUGAAGAGUCGGACGCCCUGGGCGGCGUCGAGGGCGGCGGCCACGGCGGCAGCGGGUACAUGGGCAGCCUGCUCAACUCGAUGAGCCUCAUGCUCGAGGAGUUUUACUCGCACCUGAGCAUGGUCGGCGUGAGCUCCUUUAUGGGCACGGGAAUCGACGAGUUCUUUGAGGCCGUCGAGGGGAAGCGCCAGGAGUUUAUGCAGGACUACUACCCGGAGCUGCAGCGGCGGAGAGCGGAGCGCGAGAACCAGCGCCAGGCGUCGCGUGACAAGGAGCUCGGCAAGAUGAUGGAGGGCAUGUCCGUGGACAAGCAGCAGCAGUCCCAGUCACAGCAGCAGGCGGCGGACGACUCGGACGACGUGGACGUGGCCAGCGACAACGACUCGGACGACUCGGACGAGGAGAUCAAGAAGGAGGGGCUGCAGGAGCGGUACAAUGCGGCCAUGGGCGACAACGAGGACUCCAUCGUCGCGGACGCGAGCUUCGCGAAGUACCUGCACAAGCAGCGGCAGUGA